AUGUGGGAGUCAAUAAUACCAAAAGUCAUAUUAAAACGUGCACUACAAUUGCUGUUUGUACACCGACUUUAUCUCAUCGCUCGAUCUUGCAUAUAUUGCGGAGUAAAAUUAGUCCGGGGUUACCCCAGAUUUUCCGAAUUUAAACGAACAAUUUGCCUGAAAAAUACCAAUAUGUCAUUGUUGCAAGGGAAAACCGUGGCUAUAACCGGUGCUGCUACAGGUAUAGGUCGAGCUUUGGCUAUUGGAUUGCAUAAACAUGGUGCAAAUGUUGCCAUAAAUUUCAUGCAUGGUCAAGAAGAUCUUGUAGAUGAACUUCGAACCCUAGUCCCGGGAUUGUUGGCGGUUCCCGGAGACAUUUCCAAGCCUGAGACGGCCGAGGACUUGAUCAAACAAACCGUACAGACUUUUGGUGAAUUGAACAUUUUCGUUUCGAACGCUGGGGUUUGCAAAUUUGAAAAAUUCACAGAUAUAGAUUAUGAGUUGUAUCGUCGAACCGUCAGCGUAAACCUCGACGGUGCCUUUUUCGCAACCCAGGCUGCUGCCAAAGCAAUGAUCAGUCAGGGAAAAGGAGGCUCCAUCAUUGGAAUCUCUUCGAUUAGUGCAUUGGUUGGAGGAGGUUUACAGACUCAUUAUACGCCAACGAAGGCUGGUAUUUUGUCCUUGAUGCAAUCCACUGCUUGCGCUUUGGGUGAGCACGGGAUAAGAUGUAAUGCUGUUCUACCUGGUACAAUAAGAACACAGUUGAAUGAGCAAGACUUGAAAAAUCCAGACAAAAAAGCCUAUAUGGAGAGCCGUAUACCAUUGGGCAGAUUAGGAUCUCCCGACGACUUGGUUGGUCCUGUGGUUUUCCUAGCUAGUGAAUUGUCAUCCUAUGUUACAGGAGCACAGAUAUUGGUGGAUGGUGGUUUAUUUGUAAAUCUCCAGUAA